UGCCUUGUCCAGGUCUUGUUUAGGCAUUCUGCACUGACAGCUAUCAUGAACUGAUCAGAUAAGUGCCAUUUAAUCAGAAUUUGUCCUGCUUCAGCACUUCUUUCAAUGGACUGCACAGCAUUCUCUGACCUUUGCCAGAAUCUCUCUGCUCUCUAGAACAGAAUGCUCUCCAUUUAUCCUCUUUUCAAAGCAAAUUUUCUAUAAACAACGAUCGAGAUUUAGAUUUGGAUGGGUACAGCUGGUUUUGCAUAGACAUUUUGAGGGACAAUUAGGUGCGCAAGCGGAAAAAAUGAGUCUACGUACUGUUGAACGUUGAGUAUCUUAAAAUGUUCGUGUUAGCUAUGUGUGCUAGGGACGCAUUUGAUCUCAGCUGACAGAACCCACGAAAUUAUUGACACAAAUUAUAUAUAUAUGUAAAAGAACGUCGACCCUUGCGAUAGUCUUUCAGUAAUUAAACAUUUCCACAUUUUCCCAGGGUUGUAAACACAUUUAACACCUCUCAGACUCUUUCUAUAGCCCUUCUAGUGAUGUCCCUCCCUUUAACAGUGCUCUGCUGCUCUUAGUCACUGUAGCAUUUGGUCGGUGCCUUACCGAGGAACAGUCGACGGGAUCUGGGCGGGACCGAAUCGCCUCGACUGCUUGCGGUUCAUUACUCUGAAAUCUCCAUGAUCCACCUGGCCGAGCGCUUGAUAGCUCAGGUUUCCCAAUCACUUCCCCAACUGCCACUGGUGAGCCAAACAGUGCUCCUGCCCCAAAAUCUCUUGUGGCCUGUAGUACAAAGUGGGUUUAACCGUCUGGCCAGGAAAGGUGACUAUGAGGACUGAGACAGGGCCUGGGACUGAGGUGCCACCCCAACAUAAGGGUACUGACAGUACUGUUCCAGAGUCAGCCUCAGAUGGUAAAAUGGCAAAAGAGGAUGUCAAGCCUCAUGAUGAUUCUAAAGACGUGCAAGAUGCAUCAGACAGAACAAUGUCUGACAAGAGCCCAAGAUCCCCUCAGAAAAGCUUCAAACGCUCCAAGACUCUUCCCUUUAAAGUCACUCUUUUGGACAGUUCUAUUUAUGAAGAGAACAUUGAGAAACAGUGUAAGGGGCAGGCUCUCCUGGAUCUGGUGUGUGAACAUCUAAACUUGUUGGAAAAGGACUAUUUCGGCUUGACCUACAGUGAAUCUGACAGCCAAAAGAACUGGCUGGACCUGUCCAAAGAGAUCAAGAAACAGAUGAGAACAUCUUCUUGGCAUUUUAAUUUUGCUGUCAAGUUUUAUCCACCUGACCCCUCCCAGUUAAUGGAAGACAUUACAAGGUACUACCUGUGUUUGCAGCUGCGAAAUGACAUCCUCUCUGGCCGUCUACCCUGUUCCUUUGUCACACAUGCUCUGCUGGGCUCCUACACCGUGCAAGCCGAACUGGGAGACUUUGAUCAAGAUGACCAUGGUUCAGACUACGUUAGUGACUUCCACUUUGCCCCCAACCAAACUCGAGAACUGGAGGAAAGGGUGAUGGAGCUACAUAAAACUUACAGGGGAAUGACACCUGCUGAGGCAGAAAUGAACUUCUUGGAAAAUGCAAAGAAACUUUCCAUGUAUGGCGUCGACCUGCAUCAUGCCAAGGAUUCAGAAGGGAUUGAGAUCAUGCUGGGCGUGUGUGCCAAUGGUCUAUUAAUUUACCGUGACAGACUGAGAAUCAAUCGAUUUGCCUGGCCAAAGAUCCUCAAGAUCUCCUACAAAAGGAGUAAUUUCUACAUCAAGAUCCGCCCUGGAGAGUAUGAGCAAUUUGAGAGCACCAUUGGCUUCAAGCUUUCUAACCACAGAGCUGCCAAGAAGCUUUGGAAGGUUUGCAUUGAGCACCACACCUUUUUCAGGCUAGUGUCUCCUGAGCCACCACCAAAGGGCUUUCUAGUGAUGGGUUCAAAGUUCAGAUACAGUGGAAGGACCCAGGCCCAAACACGGCAGGCCAGCGCUCUGAUAGAUCGGCCUGCUCCCCACUUUGAGCGCUCAACUAGCAAGAGAUACCUUCUUUCUCGCAGUCUAGAUGGAGAGUUUUGUCAACCAGUGUCCAUGCUGGGUGAGAUUCAUGAUGGUCUGUCUCAGAAGAGUGAGAGCGAGCAACCGCAGUUUCUUUCUGGAGAUGAAGCUGAUCCCGACCUCAGUCUGGAUCAAGAGCAGGAACAGGAUCAAGAGCAUAGCAACAGUGAAGAGAUUGUUACAACCCCUACAAGGAAAAGGGACAUUAAGGAGUCAACCCCUCUACGCAAGCAGGAGUUUCUAGACAAAUCAGAAGAUGUUCUCUUGAAGCACCAAGCCAGCAUCAAUGAGCUGAAGAGGGCCCUGAGGGAACCCAACAGUAAACUGAUGAACCGGGAAAAGCGUCUGUCAGGAACAUCCCCAGGUGGCACUCCAGAGAAGAAGGCAGAGGCUGUUGGUGCAGGGGUAGGGGAACCUGUCAACAGCCUCUCGGUGGAGGGCUUCAUCCAGAAGACUCUAGUAACUUCACCCGAGGGCUCUGAAGAAUGGGUGUUGCUCGACUAUGAAAUGGAGGAGAAAGGAAAGUACAAAGCUAGUACGCCUUCACCUCCUCUGGUCAUUGAUCCCCUUCCAAAGGAGGAGACAGAAAAACAACAGGAAAUUACCAAGAUGACACACAUUGAGCUAAUGAGAGAGGACAGUGAUGAAACGCCAUUGCACACGAAGACUUUUGCAUGCUCAAAAAUAUCACCGAUGGAAAAGUUAAGUGAAUCUAAGGAAAAUAUCACAGGGGAAGAUGCCACAACCAAGACUAAAUCCAAAUUGUCUGAUGACAUAUCAGAAAAAGAGCCUACACCACUUGCUGAGUCUCGACCUAAGAACAAGAAGAAUACCAUUACGGACUUCGUGGAGGAGAGCUGUCAACAUAAAGUAAGAAGAGAGAAAAGACCUCAAAGCUUAAACUUGGGAAAGUCAAGGGACUUUGUGUACGAGACAGAAGCCAAAAGUUCAAACAUCACACACGAUAGUGCAGAGUCUGAUGAGGACAAUAAUACUGAACUUAUAAAGGAUGCUGUGGUCUGUCAUCCUGAAAAUUUCAGCUCAACAACAGACACAUGGUCAUCUUCCAUGACUGAAAAGCUAAAUCAGCCAGCCACAAAUACAUAUGCUGCAAUGCUGCUUGAAGAAAAUGCAGAGUUUGACAGAAUAAUGGAAAAAGACUUGCAGAUUCCCAGUCAGGGAGCAAGAAUGAUGCAUGAAAGUUUGCAUGAUGCAAGAAAGUCUGAUGAUGCAAGAAAGUUUGUAGAAUGUCAAGAGGAGUUAUCCACUGAAGUGAAGAUUAUGAACACUGAAGACAAACAAGAAAACCAAGAUUCAGUCAGGGGUCCUAGCAAAGAUGAGCUGAAAAGAGUCAAGACUGAUAUUAGAUUUGAAGUCAUGAAGGUCAUCAUGAUCGAUGAUACAGAGAACGAAGCGAAAUCUGGGAAAGCAAAGAAGAAAGAAAUUGAAGAGUUGGGUCUUGAAAAGAAGAUAACAAAUUUGGAACUGGAGGAAUCUGCAGAAAACCAGCUGGCCAUGGAACUAAGAAAGACCAGCCAGAGAGUUACUGGACAUGCGAGAACGGAUAUAACAAGAAUUGUUCCAUUGAAACCUGAGAGAGUGAGGAGCCAAGGCUACAAAGAUGACCUAGAGAUUGAACAAGGCUCUGAACUAAUGAAAAGAAACUUUAAAAGAUACAGUAUGAAUGAAUCUUUUGUGCGGCACUUUGACCCCAGUAACUUCGAGAGCAGGGACGCCAGCUAUUCCCAAGCAAACUGCACCACAAGUCUAGUAAAAGCUAAUACAAGUCAGGAAUCAUCUUUAGCUAUCAAGAACAACUGUGUGUGCUCGGAGCAUCAAGCGGGUUCACCAAAAAAAGAGGGUGUACGGAAUGACGACGCUACAAAUCAUGCCUGCAAAAUAGUCCACCGAGAUCUUCUGGAUACUGAUGAGGGAAUUUCAGAAGUUCCCUUCUCAAGAACCACAGUCAACCAAAAAAAUACCCCUCCAACACCUCCAGUCAAAUCAAAGAAAGCAAGAGAAUCAGGUCUGUUUCUGCGCAAUAGUCGCAAUAUCAGCAAAGACCCAACUCUUGAAGCCAACAAAAAGGACCUUCCGGAGCCUCUGUCCACUACUUCUGCUCUUGAAGACCCGCAAUAUGAUGUAAAGCAGCAGCCUCACUCUGCCCUGGAGGACGAUUACAAUCGUGAGCUUGCUGGUUUGAAGGACACCUACCUGGCCAUCGAGAGAAAAUGUUCAAGUAUGACUGUCAGCUCCACUUCAAGCCUGGAAGCUGAGGUGGAUUUCACUGUCAUUAUGGACUUACACAGUGGCAUGGAGGAAUUUUCUAGAGGCAUGACUAAGCUGGUCGAGAAGGACAAAGUUGAGCUGGGCAGCGAGAGUUUUGACAGCACUCCCAAGUCUCACUCCACUUGUCAUAUGAAAUUGCAAGAUGUAUCGCCUGGAAGUGAACACAUCCUUGAAGGUCACGGUCAUCAAGAUACAGAACCUCCCCCUGUUGCCAAGAAAGAACCCAGUGCAGUGAGUGCAGCCCAGAUGUUGAGAAAAGGAGAAGUUAAAAUGGAACUGCAUUCUAAUGGAUCUGAGGCUCUUGUCAAAGACAUCUCUGAUCAUCCCCCUGUUGCCAAGAAAGAACCCAGUGCAGUGAGUGCAGCCCAGAUGUUGAGAAAAGGAGAAGUUAAAAUGGAACUGCAUUCUAAUGGAUCUGAGGCUCUUGUCAAAGACAUCUCUGAUCAUAAACCGGAAGAGAGCAGAGUUAAAGAGGCAAAAGAGUCCCCCGUAAGGUCAAACAGUCUAGAACGAGACUUUGUUGCUUCUCCUCUCACCGUCACUACAGAAAGCAUUACCUCAGCAACCACGACUCAAGUGACCAAGACAGUGAAAGGAGGUUUUGCAGAGACCAGGAUUGAAAAAAGGAUCAUCAUAACAGGAGAUGAUGAUGUGGAUCAACAUCAAGCUCUCGCCAUGGCAAUACAGGAGGCCAGACAGCAGCACCCUGAUAUGCUGGUGACUAAGGCAAUAGUGGUCAGGGAAACUGACUCUUCAUAUGAAGAGAAACUUCGAACAAAUGAGUCUUGAUCACUAGAAGAUGCUGUUUGGAACAUGGACAGAAGAUCAGUUCUGGCUCUAUGUAUUUCAGCUGAAAUGAGGUGUGCUAUAUGCUACUGAACAGUUUGCUCAAAACAAAUCACCUACGCAGUCCUCUGCCAUCACCCUCCAAUCUGUCCAUUUUAGUGACAAUCUCCCAUCAUCUGGUGUCAAUACAAUGUUCUGUACCAUUCAGAGGACUUUCACCAUAUCAACAAUAGUCUUGAGUUAUCUUCAGUCUUGUAUAAAUGUCAGUAGUUUAACAUUUAAUUCAGAGUGGAUUUAACAAAAAAAAAAUGCUGAAAGUGUUAAAAAAUUCAUGCGGUCAUAGAAUUAGAAAUACCUUUUUUGAGCUCACAGCUUUUUUGGACUUAUGGGACUUUAACGAUUUGGGCUUCCAUUUGGAAUUCAUGCAUGACUUUCAAGGAAUUAUGUGAGAACGUAUACAAAUGGAUGACAAGAAGCUACAUAUCCUUGAUGGCCUAAUAAGCUGGCCAGCAACUCUAAGACUUUAAAUAAUAUUUGAUCAAGUGUUUGCUUGUUAAUUAUGAAUAUUUAUCACUUCGACUGUCAUAUGCAGGACUUUUGAAAGCUUGAAGCAUAUUAUUUUGAAAGAUACCCACACCUGAACAGUUCAUAAAAGAAUUGGAUUGUGUACCCCAAGUCAAAACAGCUGAACAAAGCAGAAUAAAACAUGCCAUAAUAAUAAACCAAAUAUGGCCUCAUACCAAAUUGAAAUCCAUUUGGGGUUGUAGCAAAAAAAAAAAAAAAAUCAACCGCCUUGCUUUUUCAACCUUCAAGUCUUCAAUAUUAACUGACUAUAUUCUAAAAGACUCUCUUGACUUGCCCAUUUAGGUGACAUUUUAUGGCAUCAUUAACUUGACAAAAGAUAGUUAUACUGCUGUCUUAGAAUGAGUGAUUGAGGUUAAAGAAAUGUUAUAUAAAGAAUAAAUUAAAAUAAUAAUAUAAAAAAUAUGUAUUUUUAUUUUUUUAGAGUGUCAUGACUCACAUUACUUUAUUUAAAUCAAUUUCUCAGUCUCCUGUGUGGAACAUUAUUUGACAUUCAUAUUGUAUUGUUAAAGGUUGUAAAUCUUUUCUAUAUUAUGUUUAUAUUAAGUAAUUUCAGGAUUUUGCCUUGGGACGCAGUAAACAAAGCAACUCGACGUUUUGUUCCACUUACUGAAAUGAUGCUUGAUCAAUAAAAUGAACCGUUUUUUAAUUUUUUUUAUUGUUUAAAUGGUUAUCAGGAUGUGUUGGAUUUUCAGCAAGUUAUUUUUUUAUGCUGUAUGACUUUGACAUAUAUUUAUAUGCUCGCUGAAUGUGAGCUUCUGGGUUUUCUGUCUCUAUAAAUUGUCAUCAUACAGCAUUGCGAAUGUAACAUUAAAUCUGAUCUACAGUAUGUGUAUAUUCCAAUCAAAAGCAUAACACAAAAAUAAUUAUUUAAUUAUGCAUUUGAAACGUCAUGAAAAACAGUCAUCCAAUAUUGUAUGUUCUAUGCAUUCUAGUGCAGUAACCUAAAAGAAAAUCACUAACAGAGGGGAAUUGCAUACUGUGAGCUAUUCUUGUCAAUACUUCUGCAAUAAUUAAUGUUUAUAGAAAAAAAAAACUGUGAUUAUAUACAUACUGUGUUUAUUCCACAUUACAAAUAUAUGCACCAACGUGUCACUGUUAACCAUGGUUUUGGUCUCUGUAUGUUCACAACUGCUCACUGCUUUCUCCUGAGGGAUGGAAGACACUUGGGAAAUGUCUGCAGAAUUUAUGUAGACCUGCUCAAAAGAUAAUCCUACUGUACAUUUUGGAAAAAUGUUACUACGCUUGUGUUGAA